GGUCCAAGGUUAGUAGUAAAUUAGUAAGCGAAAAGAAGAACACGCAGCUUUCAUUUGAAAUCCCUGUUCUUUCACUUCACGAGGUUGCACGCCUAUUCUCUUUACUCCUCCACCUCCUCUCUCUCUCUCUCUCUCUCUCUCUCUCUCUCUCUCUCUGUGAGCUUCUCCAACGUUAUAAAAAGACUUAUUAUUAUGAACCUUUCUCUUUCAAACCCAAAAAAGAUCAAAGUUUGAAACUUUGGAGUGCUAUACUAUAAGCCUAGCUAUAACCCCUUUAAGUCCAAACUCUCACUUUCAUUACUGUUUCACUCUCUCAUCAAACUAACCUACUAUACAUUGCAAAAACACAAAGCUUAAUAAGUUUUUCUCUUUUUUCAAACCAACCCAAAAGCUAAACAAAAUUUGGUGGCGUAUAGAGAGAAUGUCAACAACAACUACAGCAUUAAGGAGAGCGAAAUGGCAGUACCCACCACCGGCGCCAACGCCAAGAAUCCUCCACUUGCCACGCCGACCUCGGCGGAGACAGCACCGCAACUCCAAGACCGUGGCUUCAAAACCCACCUGUGUGGAAGCCAGGCGUGACCGUAUUCAAGGCAAGCUAGAGACACUGUUUGAUCAAGAGCGUGCCUUUUCAAGAACUGGGAUUCCAGUAGUUUUUUUGGACUAUAAUGGUGGUAAUGUUAGUGGCGGUGAGAGUGAGAGGAGGAGAGCGAGAGUCGAGGAGUGCAGUAGCGAGAGUAGUGGCCGUUGUAGUGGUAUGAUGGAGGAGGAGAAGUGGAGGUUCCAAGCGGAGAUGUUAAGGGCUGAGUGCAAUUUGCUGAGAAUGGAGAGAGACAUUGCUGUCAAGAAGUUGGAGAGGAACAGGGUGAAGAUGGAGAAGACUCUGAGAUCCUCUGUUCAGACUCUUCUUUCUGGAAGAAAGAAGAUUUGUGAAGGAGAGGAUGUGAGUGUGGUAUUGGAGAAAGAGAUCCUUGACUUGGCAGAGAAACUAGAGAAGUUACAAAGGAGCUUAGGACUAAAGGAUUUUGAAGUUAGGAACUGUAGUAAUUUUGAUAAACAAGCAACUCUUCUUCAGAGACGGCUAGAGAAGUUUGGAGUAACAUCGGAUGAGAUAUGUGUGAAGGAGAUACAGGAGAUGGCAGAAGCAAGCUUGUCAAUUAAAACAAGUUGUAGAGUUGAUGAUAGCUUUGUUUCAAGUGGCAAAUGCAAUACUGUGCAGGUGGAUAUUCUAAGAAGGAAAAUGGAGGGGUUGUCAAAGGGGAUUUUGUUAAACAGAAUGGAAGAGGAGUAUAGAUCAAUGCUCUCUUCGGCAAACAGUUCCGCAUCCUCUUCCAAGCGUAUUGAAAUUCAUAAUUCAUCUUCUUCCUCAAUAAGACAACCUGAUCAGGAUACAAUGUCCCAUGAAGACAACAAGUGCUCAGGACGUUGUAAGGCUAUAGUGCGAAGAAUUGUAGAGCAAGUUCGAGUUGAGACAGAGCAAUGGUCUCAGAUGCAAGGGAUGCUAGGGCAAGUGAGGGUGGAGAUGGAAGAAUUGCAGGCUUCUCGAGACUUUUGGGAGGAUCGAGCCCUCAACUCUGAUCAUCAAAUUCAAUCCCUACACUCUGUUGUCCAAGAAUGGAGACAGAAGGCUCAAUCAUCUGAAAGCAAAGCAAAUGAGCUACAAGCACAAAUGUCUGUGCUCCAUGGAGAACUUGAAAGGAUGAGGAAGGAACAAAACACAGUAGUUACAAGGACCAAAAGUUCACCAGGAAUUACCCAGGAUGCACAAAAUGAGAUGGAGAAAAGAGUACUAGUUUGUCGCUUGAAGGAAAAUCAUUUAGCCGAUGAUAAUGCCGGUAAGGAGGUCUCAAGGGAUAGAAGAAGAAAAGUACACACAUCAAGUGGUGGAUUCAUGGCUCCAAAACGAUUACCUUUUCGUGAUAUUGGCAACUCAUCAUUGUUGAUGAGGCAAAAUAGCAAAGCCAUUUUCCCUCUGCAUUCCCCCCUUGCUUCCAGUACAGAGAACUUUUUGAGAGAGUGAUUCUCAGUAACUAGGAUUCAGCUAGGAGCUUCUCUUCUUGUCUAACUAUAUUAACAGUCGCAAUUUACAUUAAAAUAGUUAGCUUAUAAGAUUUUACUAGUAAACCCGAGAUGAUAUCGUUUGCAGGUA